CCGAGCGACAUGUUCGAGCUCAAGUCCGAGGCGAUCCCAGGUUCGCUCGAGUGGGGUCAAAUCCUCCUCAGCGUCCGCGCGGCGCCGAUCAACCCGGGCGACCUGGCUUCGAACGCCGGCGCCGAAGCCGGAGGCCGCGCGAAGAAGCUCCCGCACGGCGCCGGCGGCGAUUUCAUCGCCGUCGUCAUGAAGGUCGGCGCGGGCUGUUCCGUCGUCAGCGAGGGCGACUGGGUCAUCCCCGCGAAGCCCGGUCUGGGGGCGUGGCGCUCGCUCGCGUGCGUCAAGGAGAAAGAGGUCAUCAAGAUCCCGACCGACCUCCUCCCCGUGGAGCACGCGGCGAUGUUACGCGAGCUCUGCGUCGCCUACCGGCUGCUCGAGGAUAACGGCGACUUGAAGCCCGGGGACGCGGUCAUGCUGAACGGCGCCACGGGCACCGUCGGCGCGGCGAUCAUCCAGCUGUGCUCUCUGCUCAAGCUCCGCGCGGUCGCGGUCGUGAGGCGUCACGAGCGCGGCCCGAACGCGGACUUCGAUAAAGUCUCCGACCGGCUCAAGAACCUCGGCGCCGCGGAGGUGCUCCCCGACGAGGGCAACCUCAGGCGCGCGAAGAACUUCUUCGCCAAGCCCAAGCUAGAUUGCGUCGGCGGCGUCUCCGCGUCGAGGCUCGUGGACUCUCUGCAAGACGGGUGCCCGCUCGUGUGCUUCGGAUGCCUCGGCGGUCACCCGGUGUCGCUCCCGUGGCACUCGCUCGUGGCGCGCGGCCUCAGCGUCCGCGGAUUCUCCCUCCGCCGCUGGAUGACCGAGCAC